AUGUCGACCAUUCUCAUCCUUCCCCCACAGCUACUGGAGACUAUCAAAAAUUUGCUCAAAGUCAAAGAUCUGCCGGAGGAUCUUCGCAAACCUUUGGUCGAAGCGGCAUCGCAAACGGUGACGACGGAGGUAUUGGCGGUCAAAGACGUGCCAGUGGUUGAAGAAAAGAUCGUUGAUCAAGAUGGUGAUCAAUCCGAAGAUACUUCUUUUUCUCCACCGCCCACGCCACCUACAAUAGACCUUGAUCUUCUUGAAAGGCUUUCCACCUGGGCUACAAGUGAUGAGGGGCGCUCAAAGCUCAUACAAAAUGAAUUAGAUCCUCUAUCAUAUACCCACAUUGCGCUCGUCAGCGGCACAGAGGUCUAUCUCACUCCGAAACAGCUCGAAAGGCUGCGAGCCGCUGAAGAUCCUGAUAAACCGAACCCCUACCUCCCAUCAUACUUGUCUCCCGCCCCUCCCUCUUUUGGUACAGAGUACCGGACUCUUGCGCGCACCCUUUCCACCGUCAUCAACAUCCUCUUCUCCAUCUUUGGCGCUGCCGUAGCCGUUUAUGUGGCUGCCACCUCGGGGGCGGGAUACUCGCGAGAGAAAGGAGUGCUUCUGGGUGUUCUGGCAGGGGUGGUCGUGGGAAUCGCCGAUGGGGUGUUGGUUAUCAUCUUCCAGGGACGGGUGCAAGAAAACAGGAAGGAGAGAUGGGAGAGGGGGCGAAAGUUUAUGACGGGUUCGGGCAAGAUGGAGCCGGAAGCUCCAGAAGCAGAGUCGAAAGAGGCCGUAGGGAUGGAGGACAAGUCAGAAGUCGGUCCUUCCGCUCUGCCAAAGCGCAUACAGCUGAAGAGGAGGGCCAUCAAAGAAUCAGGUACGGACUAA